AUGCAGGUUCGUUCGCUUGUUGCGUGGGUCCUCGGCGCCAGUGCGCUUGUGUACGCCAAAGAGCCACCCACGACAUUGCGUAUCGGCGUUACGCACCGCCCUGCGACAUGUGACAUCAAGUCGCAGGUGGGCGAUCAGCUUUCGAUGCACUAUACAGGCCGUCUCUGGGAGGGUGAGAAGUUUGACUCGUCGCUAGACCGUGGCCAGCCUCUGGCAUUUACGCUCGGCCGUGGUAUGGUGAUCCAGGGCUGGGAUCAGGGUUUGCAGGACAUGUGCAUCGGUGAGAAGCGCCGUUUGCAGAUUCCGCCCCACCUGGGCUACGGCGCUAGAGGUGCAGGCGAUGUCAUUCCUCCGAACGCCGUGCUCGUGUUUGACGUGGAACUCGUGAAUAUCCACAGGCCUACCGAGACGAGCGACCAUCUCGAUCUGUAA